CCUAUUUAUUUGUAGUAGUUUAUAAAAAAAAAAGGAAAAAAAGAAAUAAUGAAGGAGGAAAAUACCCCUCACAUAAUUCUCUGUCUGUAAAUUCAAAUUUCAGUUUAGUUAUAUGCUUUGCUAACAGAUGGCAGAAGCUCGCUCCAUCCUGUUGUGGAACAGGUAGUGACGUCACAUUCAAGAUGUCAGCCGGAGCGUUCUUUACUGAGCGGGAGAAAACUGUAACGCGUUGAAAAUUAUCAUAACGAGUUUGUAAUCUGUGAUGAACCACGUGCUUUUGUUGGGCAAAACUGACCGCUUUCUAACGGCGCUCCCCGACCGCCAACUCCAUUCGAAGCAGCUUAUUUAGCAUAUGGCAGCUGAAUUAUUAAACUGACCGCCAACGCCGAUAUCAAUGCAGCUGACCGCCGCGAUCAUUCAAUUCGGAAGUGGUGUCAUUCGUGCUCACGAUUCACAGAGCGAAUGAGCUCACACAGUACCCGAUUUCUGGGGUGUGGGAUAUUCAUAGCUAUUCAGAAGCUUGAAUUAUGCCGGUUUAUCUCGCUUCGUACUAGGCUUAAUGGUGAGUGUUUAUUGAACGUGUUGUUAUGACUAUUCGACUUGUGUUGUUAAUUAGUGCAUGUCAUUAGUGAGACUGAUUUGACUAUGAAUUUACAACGCGCAAGUGCGCCACAGAGCUGUCACUUUCACUUGUAACCUUUGGUUAGCAACGCAGGCAUUUCCUCUCGAGGAAGCCGAUAUCAGGAAAGUGACAGGAAAAGGAUAUCGGAAAGCCAUGUAUGCAGGCAUUAGCUCGGGUGUCAAUAGUGCGUCUAAUGCACUGGAUAAUGAUACGUCUUCAGAUAUACCGGAGUGGAAAAAGUUGCUUAUCAUGAAAAAGCGCGCUGGAAAUAGUCCGAGUGCCGACGAGUAUACUCGUCGUAACCUAGAUUCAUCAGCUGGCGAUAAUCUUCCUCCCAAGACAGUUACGAUAGGGAACAUCAACGUUGAGCUGAGAAGCGUCGGUCAAGAUCCGUGCACGGAAGUGGAUUCGGCGAGUAAAAAAAAGGAUGACAGCCAUGGGGAAGAUAUUCGUUAUGGCCCUGGCAUUGUUGAUCGUUUGAGAGCCAAGUUUCUUAGUAUUUGUGCUCAGAAGGAAUGCAAGCCGGUUGUCAGACGAUUUUCCAGUCUGGAGAAUUUACCAGGAAGUUCUGGACCGUACCGGGUCAAUACGAGGGGUCUUCGUCAGAAUGGAUUUAGGGCAAGUACCGGAAAUUACUGCACAGGUAACGUGAAGAAAGCUCAAAGUAUGGAAACGUUGGUUUGUGUCACUCCUGAACAGCAGAUCUUUGCCUCGAGCAGGCGGCCGAACGCUCGUUAUGUUGGAGGAGUAAAAGCCCGCAUUUUAGCAAAAAAUAUCUCCCCCAUUUGCACACUGACAGAUGAGAACGAUGAACCAAAUGAGAAAACGCCAUCGCCUGCUUCUUCACCGAGAUUAUUUGCCAAAUCUCUUCGCCGAUGGGACUAUAAUCGAAGCACUUCCGCGUCUAAUAUCAAUGAAGACGAGCUUCCAAAGCGCGACACGGUGAAGCACGUAAAAAAAAUGUUCGAAUCGCCACCCGUCGUGAAUAGUUCUGAGAAACCAUCGAAUCACCCUGGCGGUUUGCGUUUCCGCAAAAUUCCAGGUACGAUUGCAACACCUACCUCCUCGUGUAAUAACGGUGCCAUAUCGGGAAGCGUUCGACCAGCGGUCAAGAAACCCGACAUUGGAGACGACUGCCUGGAUGCCAAAACAAGUGCCAAAGAGCUUUCGAACACGAAUGUAAACAUUCCAGCGGAGAAGGAGGAGGAGGUGGUUCUAUCGCCUGAUAGUGAUGCUGGUAAUCACGAUGACAACGAGAUAAAUAAAGGAGGUUUUAGCCCCGUAUUGGAGGACAAUUUAUCAGCUAUUAGGUCAUGUGACACCCUUUUUUCGAAAGAAGACAGGUUGCUGCAAUCUCCUGAUAGUCACAGAAACUCUUCAACUGUCGAAGAAGAAAACACGGACAUUGUCGUGAGUUCGGAAGCAUCUGUGAAGGUCACAGUCGAACAGUUACCUCUCCUCGACAGUAGUAAACAUUCGGAGGUAUUGUCUCAAGGUAGUCGAGUCAGUCAACCCAACGAAGCGGAACCCCUUGAAGACGAUCUGCCGCCCCACCCGCGUGCUAGUGGCUUUAGUGGCGGGAUGGUCGUAGCGGCGGCUGCAUCUUCUGGAGACCCUCUCUCCAAGAAAGGGAACACUUGGCAAAAAGCACCCCAGGCCACCACCUCUGUGGUGUUCGAUUUCCGGGGGAAGGAUGUCAAACCGAACAUUGCCAUCAAUCCUGCUCCUUUUGGUUGCCGGCCAGCCAAGGUGUCCCGGAGUGCCAAGCGUGCCGGAUCACCCCCACGAUCUGGGGUCAAUGGGAUCGCUGGAGACUAUGGAGAUGAAGUAGAUGAGCCCAGAGAUGAUGAGGAUGAUGAUUUGGAGGACUGGGAUCAAAUGGACGUAGGAGCCGAUUUGCCGGUCAUUUCGGGUAUUGUGUUUACUGGAGAAAAUGUCAAAGUCGGCCGUGGGGCUCUCCUAGAGACAAGGAACAAAAAGCUCAGUAUACAGUUUGAUGACAGAGCAACAUCCACAUUUGAAUAUCCUUCUGAAAAUGCUAGUCCUUCUCCAAUGGAGGAAAAUGGAUAUUCCGUGGAAACAUUUAACUCUUCAGUUGCCAUGAGUUCUGCUGCUAACUCACGUUUAGGCUUGUCAACUUAUACACCUCAAGUUCUUAGUAGCAGUAAAGAGUUUGAACUUGGCAUCUCUCAACCAAAUCACAGGUCUAGUUUAUCAUCUCCUGAUAGUCCUGAGGUGAUAAAAGAUGUUCCUUCUUUGGAUGUUUUAAUUCCAGCCAAUCCUAAUGAUACAGGUGGAUGGUCUGCAACUGAAACUGCCGACAUACUUUUUUAG